UAGCACCGGGAAAGGAAUGCUCACACACAGGAAAAGUAAGAGAUAUCCCAUUUAUGGAUCCUUCCUUUUUGCUUAGGCUGCAUGAAUUCAGUUUCCUGUGUUCAUCUCCACCCCCUCACAUAUUACUUCAUGAAUAAAAUGGUGCAAUGUCAGGCCUGCAUUAAAUGGAGAAAUGAAACUUACAAACAGUUUCUAUUUCUCAUGAAUGCUGCCCUCUGCACCAUACUCUGAGCAAUUCUGCUAAAACUGUCAACACCCACAGUACUCAAGGUAAAUGGAAACCUAGCAACCAGGCAGCGGCUGAAAAAUUCCAAACAUGAAAGCUGCUGAACAAGAAGCUAAAUAAAAAAAAUAGAAAAGAAGAAAAAAAUGAUGACCAACUGCAAACUUUUACAGACUAUCACUAUCUACAUGAUAACAGAAGACAAUUUAAAGGCGAGCUGCCUCCCUAAUGUACAUGGGAAGACUGCUGUAAAUGGUAAGACCACUGAAGCCCUCUGCACAGCGACAUUGUGUGUAGGUAUAAGAAUAGGUUAACUGCUGUUGCUUCUAUUCUUGUAUUUGGCUAAUUUAAAGCAAUAACUGUUUCCUUUGCAGCCUUCCUGAUAAUGUAUCAACGAGGCUCUCCGUUUGCUCUGAAUUUCUAUCCACACCAGGAAUUGGGAUACUAUGAAUUUGGCCGGGAUCUAUACACGUUUGUGACGGUGGCAUCGUCCCAUAUCAUGCGCACACUCCAAAAGCCCAAAAAGACCCGACCGACCAAACGGAAGGUCAACCAUCGGCGAUUCCUGCAGAACCAGAUAUGCAGGAAAUAUGCUGUCAUAGAAGCAGCCACACAGCAACUAGCUGCUACCAUCUUAUCCCAGGAGGCUGAAACAGAAGAUCAGAAGCGAUUAUUUAAGAAAACUGAGAGUCGCUCCUCAGGCAGUGUCAGAACUGCACCUCCUAAGACUUUGGUGAACGAUGCAUCCGACCCAAUACAAAAUGAAAUAAUUCUGCCAGAGAAUUCUUCCAUGGCAGCAACAGAGGUUCCAGAAGAGAGUAGCUUCUUGGGAGUAGCAGAAGCAUACAUGGUUCCAGACGGCAGCUCCAGUACAGGAGUAAGCAUGGACACGUUUACCUGUGUAUCAGACGAGAUUGGCACAGUGGAGAAUCUUUUCAAUGACAUUGUAAGGGAAGAAGACAUUAGACUGUCUCCAUAUAUGCUACUGCACCCCAGGGACCACGGCUCUGUCUUUCAAGUUCAGAACAUAGAAAAGAGACUUGAACCUGAAAGCCCUUUGCAGACCGGAUACAUGGUCUGUGAGAAUAAUGUUACCUCCUGGCUUCCAGAUGUUCUUGAUAGGACAAUCCAGCCACUACCUGUGCUGAAAAUUGCUCCAAACUCACUGAUAAAACAUAAUAUUCCACAUAGUUCUUUGUUAGCCAACUGUGCCCAUGAUUCAGAUAUUUCCCCCAUGGCCUUGCCUGACUCAACUCUGUGCAACACUAGGACCUUACCUUUCAACCCAUCAGAAGAAAUGCACUUUGUUCAAGAGACUUACAGCCAGAAACAUAAUGAGUGUGAAUACGGUCAAUUUUCUCCUUCCAGUUACUCUUGUCUCCAAGCACAAGUAGAGAUGGACAUGUGGGUGGACUCAUUUAGUAACAGUGGCCUGGAAACACCACAGAUAGACGGUCAUGAAGAUGAAGACGUGACCUUCAGUUUGUACUGUCCUUGUGCAAUAGAACAGAGACCCCGCAAUCUGAGCCAGGCACUGUUCCCACACCCCCAGGAGAAUGAGGACAACACAGUCAAUUCCUGCGACAGUUGGCAAAUUACUAGCAAUAUUCAACUGUGAUCACUGUCAUUGGCUCAUACUAUGAUUCCACAAUACAUGAGCGGCAUCAAUGCAGUUAUAACUUUCUUUAAAGGGGUUAGUCACCAUUAAAUGAACGUUUAAUAUGAUG